GUACUGAUUGAGACAUUGGUCCAUUUAGGUGCAUCUGUGAGAUGGGCUGCCUGUAAUAUCUACUCCACCCAGAAUGAGGUAGCAGCUGCCCUGGCAGAAUCAGGUUACCCAAUAUUUGCCUGGAAGGGCGAGACUGAGGAAGACUUCUGGUGGUCUAUUGACAAAUGUGUCAAUGCUGAUGGCUGGCAACCAAACAUGAUUUUGGAUGAUGGUGGUGAUGCGACUCAUCUUAUGUUGAAAAGGUACCCAGCCUUGUUCAACAUGGUGAAAGGUCUGGUAGAGGAAAGUGUGACUGGUGUGCACCGACUUUACCAACUGUCAAAGGGUGGUAAACUUACCGUACCAGCCAUGAACGUCAAUGACUCUGUAACAAAGACAAAGUUUGACAACUUGUAUAGCUGCAGAGAAUCUAUUUUAGAUGCAUUGAAGAGAACUACUGACAUCAUGUUUGGAGGGAAACAGGUGCUAGUCUGUGGAUAUGGUGAGGUUGGGAAAGGUGUGGCUUCAGCAUUAAAGGGUUUAGGAGCUAUUGUAAUGGUAACAGAGAUUGAUCCUAUCUGUGCUUUGCAGGCAAGUAUGGAUGGGUUCCGUGUUGUACGAGCUGACGAGGUCAUUAAGAAUAUUGACGUGUUAAUCACGUGUACUGGAAACAAGAACGUGGUAAAUCGUGGACACAUGGACAGAAUGAAGACAGGAUGUAUUGUGUGUAAUAUGGGACAUUCCAAUACUGAAAUUGAUGUGAAUAGUUUACGUACUCCAGAUUUGACAUGGGAGAAAGUUCGUUCACAAGUAGAUCAUGUUAUCUGGCCUGAUGGCAAGAGAAUAAUCUUGUUAGCUGAAGGUCGUCUUGUAAACUUGAGUUGUUCAAGUGUGCCAUCGUUUGUUGUUUCUAUCACAGCAGUUACUCAGGCGCUAGCUUUAAUGCACCUGCCGUCUGCCAUUUGA